UGGUAUGCACUGACUUUCAGGGAUUAAACUCUUCAGGAGAGGAUUUGACUUUGUUUUUUGAGGCCCGGGUUUCUUCAGCAUGUGCAGCGUUGACUUGGGCCCGCCGAUGGAGAUCAUAGAGGUGAGAGACGAAUGGCUGGACGAUGAUUUUCCCAGGCCACUUCCUACGGAGGGUGACAUGGACUCUUCCUGUGCCCUCAACGAGGGGAGAACCUCUCCCCCAAACUCUCUCCUCAUUGGUGGAGCUGGAGGGGGCGGAGCUCACGGGAAGCGGCGCACGCUGGUGGCCCCGAAUAUGAACUUGUCGUUGGACCAGAGCGAAGGGUCCCUGCUUUCCGAAGACUUCCUGGAUACACCUGACGAUCUGGAUAUUAAUGUGGAUGAUAUCGAGACACCCGAUGAGACAGACUCGCUGGAGUUCAUCACCAACGGCAACGACCUGGAGUGGGAGGAUGACACACCCGUCGCCUCGGCCAAAGCGCCCCCUGCUGACAGCGACACUGAUGGAGCAGGUGUGGACGGGACGGGUGUCAACGGCCGUUUAUGGAGGACCGUGAUCAUCGGUGAACAGGAACAUCGGAUCGACAUGCAGGUCAUACGACCCUAUCUGCGGGUCAUAUCUCACGGAGGCUACUAUGGCGAGGGCUUGAACGCCAUCAUUGUGUUCACGGCGUGUUACCUUCCUGACAGCAGCUGCCCAGAUUACCAUUACCUGAUGGAAAACCUCUUCCUGUAUGUGGUGAGCAGUCUGGAGAUGCUGGUGGCGGAGGAUUACCUGAUCAUAUACAUGAAUGGAGGAACGCCGCGGAGCAAGAUGCCCGGCAUCAGCUGGCUCAAGAAGUGCUAUCAGAUGAUCGACAGAAGACUGAGGAAAAACCUGAAAUCUCUGAUCAUCACUCAUCCGUCCUGGUUCAUCCGGACAGUCGUUGCGAUUUCCAAACCUUUCAUCAGUGUGAAGUUCAUAAAUAAGAUCCGUUAUGUGCACAGUCUGGAAGAGCUGGAAAAGAUUGUUCCUAUGGAUCAUAUCCAGAUCCCAGAGUGUGUCUUACAAUUUGACGAGGAAAGAAUGAAUGCUAGAAAAGAGAGAAUGGAGCGGGAACAGAAAGAGCAGCAGCAUCAAGAACAGCAACAGAAGCCCGUCAAUCAAAACGCAUCAUUAUCCCAUGACUGAUUCAUAAAAGAACCAAACCGCUCUCUGGACAACUGGAGACUGAUGAACCUGGACUGUGAGCGGACGAACUUGAAUGUUUUUGUUGCUGAUCUUGGGCCAUUUUUCAAAUUCCCAAAUUAUGUAUCAAUACACAUAUCAGACGACUUAAAACUGGUCUCAGAUCAGCAACAAAGUGGA